CUUAUUCUAUCUCUAUUAAUUAAGUUUAUGUCGAUAUUAUGGCACAUCGAGAAUGUGCGUCCUGUAUCGCGUAUGAGACGCGAUGGAGUGGCGGACUGUGGUGGUGAUAAUACUGGUCGUGAGUCUGUGUUUUUUUAUGAUACCGAUUAAAGUGGAGCCCGACAAAAAUAUCGAGGAUGCCAAAUUGUUCGACAAUUACGUUGCCCAAUACAAUAAAUCCUACAAGAAUGAUUCUGCAGAAUAUAAAGAGCGAUUCGAGCGCUUUCAGAAAUCAUUACGACACAUCGAAAAAAUGAAUAGUUUUCGAUCGUCCCAAGAAAGCGCAUAUUACGGACUGACGGGAUUCUCUGAUUUAUCCGAAGAUGAAUUCUUACAACGAAUUCUGCUUCCUGAUUUAGCUUUGCGAGGUCAAAAACAUACGACGGCAUCGUAUUAUCAUCAACAUUUUACGAACUCAGUUAAUCGCGUGAAAAGGAUAACGGGUGUACCCUCUAAAUUCGACUGGCGAGACCGAGGGGUCGUAGGGCCAGUUCGAAACCAGGAGAGUUGCGGUGCGUGCUGGGCAUUCAGUACUAUCGGGGUGGCCGAAUCCAUGCGAGGGAACUGCUGGAAAGAGCACGUAGCCUGUGCAAAAUGCAAAUUUGAUGAAAAUGCCUUUAUGAUCGAUUGCAUGCCGGGCGGUUACGGAUGUCAGGGCGGUGAUAUAUGCAGUUUACUCUCGUGGCUUCUGGUGUCAAAGACCGGAAUAAUUUCCGAGAACGUUUAUCCUCUCACAUGGCGAAACGAUGCAUGUAGAUUGUCUAAAACUUCUGCGAAGACACUGGAAGUUAAAAUAACGGAUUUCACAUGCGAUAGCUUUGUAAAUGCUGAAAGCGAACUUUUGACACUGCUCGUUACUCAUGGACCCGUGGCAGCUGCGGUGAAUGCCAUAUCUUGGCAGAAUUAUUUAGGCGGUGUAAUACAGUAUCACUGCGACGGUUCCUUCAAUAAUAUGGAUCAUGCGGUACAGAUAGUGGGAUAUGAUAUGGAAGCGAGUAUACCGCAUUAUAUCAUUAAGAACUCGUGGGGCUCGGCCUUUGGUAACAAAGGUUACAUAUACAUUGCGAUCGGUAAAAAUUUAUGCGGUAAGAUUAAUUACGAAUCGAUAGCACACAUCUGUGCUAAUUAAAUUGACUAUUUCAGCAGAUAAUAAAUCGUGUGUUCGCAGGUAUAGCUAAUCAAGUCUCGUCGCUUGAUAUUGUUUAACCGAUCACAACAUCCUAAAUCGCGUUUCUAUUUUUAAGGAAACAAAUUGAGAGAGAGAAAGAGAGAGAGAGAAAAAAGCCAAGGAUCACAAUUAAAUAUAUAUAUAUCUUUUUUACAGAGAAAGAUAUUGUAAACAGAAGUAUCGUAAGACUGUAACUUAAUAAAAUGCUUUAAUAUAUA